GUUGAAGGUAAACCAAAUUAUGAUUCUGACGUAUAUGCAUUCAACAUAGAAAUAUCUUGCUCAAUAUAGGAUUUAGUUUGUGGUCCCCCCAUUUUGUCGUGUGGGAUUCCUUUAGAGUUAAAAAAUUUCAAAACAAACAUGAUGAAUGCCAUCCGGAACCUCAUCAAUGCCCCACUUUCUCCGCCCAAUUUGGCUCUUAUGGUCACCGUACAAAACACUGAGUCUCAUGAAAAGGAGUCACAGGAUGACUCAAGUGUAGAAUCAUAUGUUGGUGAUAGCAUGGACAGUGGGCCUGAACUCAUAAAUGUAGAUGACGAGGGGUCCAUCGUCAUGGGGAAAAGUAAAGGUGAUAUUUCUGAAUAUAUUGUUAAUGAGGAUACCCUAGAUCUUCCAUCACAUGAAUGUUCUGUGCCCGUCAAUGCCUCAACUUGUGUCGUCAUUGCGGAGUUUGCCCUUCUAGAAGGUGUCGACAAGGUGGCAGAUGAAGAUUGUAUCCACGCCGAUAACUCAAUUUCGUUGGAUGCCAUCGUGUUGUUUGACAUUGUUGGUGUUGUCAAGUCUGAGUACCUCGUUUCAAAGAAAAUAGUUCGAUGCAUGUUUGGUCUUCUCUUUUAUUUCUGCCACUAUACUUCAUCAGAGAAGCUUCUUGAAGAUUGGUCAACAAAUAGAUGUCUUUUCUGGUUCAGCACGUUCUCACAUGUCUAAAAGUUUGAGUGGGAACCUCCACCUUGAGGAAAAGCACUUUUCUCUCAAGGACAUGGUAUUGAGAACAAAGUCAAUGAACAUCUGGAUCCUUU